CAUGACAAGCAUUUUCUUAAGCGAGCGCUGCUCGUGCAGGACUCGCUCAGUUUGCAAAGGGCUGGCUCUGAAAACGGGGAGAAGAGAGGGCGAGGGAGAAGAGAAAAAACAAACCCAAGCCUCCCCCCCAUCUGCUGAUUAGCUUCGGUGCAGAGAGCGCUGUGGGCUUGCUGCUUUUUUUUUUUGUUUUGUUUUCUUCUUAAAGACCUUCAGCGUUAAAGGACAUUGGUCUCUUUCCAGCUUCCUGCUUCCCUCCAAACUUUGGGAAGAGCACAAUCAAGCGCAGAGGGGGAGUGGAAAAGGAAGGGCAGGGGGUGGAAAAGCAAAUCCAGGAGUUUGGGGAUUUUUUUAACCCCUUCCCGUCCAUGGCAAUCCAGGGGGGUUUCCCCGCCCGUGGAAGGCUGGAUUACUGGAGGCGGAGGGAAAGCAGCGAGAGCAGCCGCAGCCUAUGAAUUGAUUCAGUCGUGCAAAGCCAUUGCAUGGCCGCUGCCCCCGCCCGCAGCCUGCUCUUCGCCAGACUGAAGCGCCCCAAUUUGAAGCAGCGGGGCGGGCGGUAAUCCUCGGGCUGGAGGAACCUCGCCUCCCAGGAGCACGCUCCUGUUGCCGCUGGUAUCCAGGGAACCCUCCUCCUUCUCCAAGAGAUACACACUGGUUGUUGCUAAGGUCGCUUCCACGGUAACAUGCACAUCCUGUUUACACCUUUAUCUGGAGAAGUUGGGCUCAGCUAGUCACGCCAGCUUCACCUGGGAAGCUGUAGAAGGAAGCACCCACUUCCCCUUCCCUACUUCUGGCACCUCCGCUAGGAUUCUCCUCUCUCUGUCGAGGCCCCGCCAUCCAGUCCUCUCCGGGGCUGUGGAGCUAAGGCAGCUGCUAGGAGCUGCCAAGGACCGUCUGUGUCCCUGUUGGGACUUCCAGGGGCGGGAGGUGAACAAAUAGGAGCCAGCGUUUUUCCGCACACGUCUGUUGUGACUCACGCUAUUUUGGCAACAUGACGAACAACGCUGCUGACCACCAUCCUGGGAAUUCGGUUGCCGAGGGCAGCCAUGAAGGGGAUUUCGGCUGCUCCCUGGUCGACCUGCGGACCCUCAUGGAGCUUCGGAGUGGCGAGGCUGUCGCAAGGAUAAAUGACAUGUACGGGGGUGUGCAGAACAUCUGCAAGAGGCUGAAGACGUCGCCGGUAGAAGGCUUAUCUGGGAACCCAGCAGAUCUGGAGAAGCGGAGGCAGGUCUUUGGCCAGAACUUCAUCCCGCCCAAAAAGGCCAAGACCUUCCUGCAGUUAGUCUGGGAGGCGCUUCAGGACGUCACGCUGAUCAUCUUGGAAAUCGCAGCCAUAAUCUCCCUGGGCCUGUCAUUCUAUCACCCCCCGGGCGGUGACAGCGAAUUGUGUGGCCAAGCAGCGGCGGGCGCGGAGGAUGAGGGGGAGGCGCAGGCUGGCUGGAUCGAGGGGGCAGCCAUUCUCUUCUCGGUGAUCAUCGUGGUGCUGGUGACGGCCUUCAACGACUGGAGCAAGGAGAAGCAGUUCCGGGGCCUCCAGAGCCGGAUCGAGCAGGAGCAGAAGUUCACGGUCAUCCGCAAGGGGCAGGUGAUCCAGAUCCCUGUGGCCGAGAUUGUGGUGGGGGACAUUGCGCAGAUCAAAUACGGUGAUCUGCUGCCCUCGGAUGGGAUCCUGAUCCAAGGCAAUGAUCUGAAGAUCGACGAGAGCUCUCUGACUGGGGAAUCGGAUCACGUCAAGAAAUCAGUGGAUAAAGACCCCAUGAUGCUUUCCGGUACCCAUGUGAUGGAGGGCUCCGGACGGAUGUUAGUCACAGCUGUGGGCAUCAACUCGCAAACUGGAAUCAUCUUCACUCUGCUGGGCGCGGGAGAAGGGGAGGAGGAGAAGAAGGUGAAGAAAGGUAAAAAAGCAGGAGCCCCUGAAAAUCGCAACAAAGCUAAAACUCAGGAUGGCGUGGCCCUGGAGAUCCAGCCCCUGAAGAGCCAGGAAGGGGUGGAGAAUGAGGAUAAGGAGAAGAAGAAGGUGAAGGUCCCGAAGAAGGAGAAAUCGGUGCUGCAAGGGAAGCUCACCCGUCUGGCGGUGCAGAUUGGGAAGGCAGGACUGAUCAUGUCGGCCAUCACGGUCAUCAUCCUGGUGCUGUAUUUUGUGAUCGACACCUUCGCGGUGCAGCGCAGGCCCUGGCUGGCGGAGUGCACCCCCAUCUACAUCCAGUACUUCGUCAAGUUCUUCAUCAUUGGCGUCACUGUGCUGGUGGUGGCCGUGCCUGAGGGCCUGCCCCUGGCUGUUACCAUCUCCCUGGCCUACUCGGUCAAGAAAAUGAUGAAGGACAAUAACCUGGUGAGGCACCUGGACGCCUGCGAGACCAUGGGCAACGCUACGGCCAUCUGCUCGGACAAGACAGGCACGCUCACCAUGAACCGCAUGACCGUGGUGCAGGCCUACGUGGGCGACACCCAUUAUCGGCAGAUCCCAGACCCCGAAGCCAUCCUGCCCAAGGUCUUAGACCUCAUCGUCAAUAGCGUCGCCAUCAACUCAGCCUACACGUCCAAGAUCCUGCCACCGGAAAAGGAAGGGGGCCUCCCGCGGCAAGUGGGAAACAAGACAGAGUGCUCCCUGCUGGGCUUCGUCCUGGAUUUGAAGCAAGACUACCAGGCGGUUCGGAACGAGGUGCCAGAGGAGAAGCUCUACAAGGUCUACACCUUCAACUCGGUGCGCAAAUCCAUGAGCACGGUCUUGAAAAACUCGGACGGCAGCUUCCGCAUGUACAGCAAAGGGGCCUCUGAGAUCAUCCUACGCAAGUGCACAAAGAUCCUGGACAAGAAUGGGGACCUGCGGGUGUUCAAGGUGAAGGACCGGGAUGAGAUGGUGAAGAAGGUGAUUGAGCCGAUGGCGUGCCAGGGGCUGCGCACCAUCUGCCUGGCCUUCCGCGACUUUCCUGCUGACGCCGAGCCUAACUGGGACAGCGAGAACGAGAUCGUGUCUGACUUGGCUUGUAUCACCGUGGUUGGCAUAGAGGACCCUGUCCGGCCAGAGGUGCCAGAGGCCAUCCUGAAGUGUCAGCGUGCUGGCAUCACCGUCCGCAUGGUGACAGGUGACAACAUCAACACCGCCCGCGCCAUCGCUACUAAAUGCAGCAUCCUGCUGCCCGGGGAGGACUUCCUGUGCCUGGAGGGCAAGGAGUUCAACCGGCUCAUCCGGAACGAGAAGGGAGAGGUGGAGCAAGAGCAGCUGGAUAAAGUCUGGCCCAAGCUGCGAGUCCUGGCCCGUUCCUCCCCCACGGAUAAGCAUACGCUUGUGAAAGGAAUUAUUGACAGCACUGUCGGAGAGCGGCGGCAGGUGGUGGCCGUGACUGGGGACGGGACCAAUGAUGGCCCAGCCUUGAAGAAAGCUGAUGUCGGAUUUGCUAUGGGCAUCGCAGGCACUGACGUGGCCAAAGAGGCUUCAGACAUCAUCCUGACGGACGACAACUUCACCAGCAUCGUCAAGGCAGUGAUGUGGGGCCGCAACGUAUAUGACAGCAUCUCCAAGUUCCUGCAGUUCCAGCUGACCGUCAACGUGGUGGCGGUCAUUGUCGCUUUCACGGGGGCCUGCAUCACACAGGACUCUCCGCUGAAGGCCGUCCAGAUGCUGUGGGUGAACUUGAUCAUGGACACCUUUGCAUCCUUAGCCCUUGCCACAGAGCCCCCCUCGGAGUCCCUGCUGCUGCGCCGGCCGUACGGCCGCAACAAGCCCCUGAUCUCCCGCACCAUGAUGAAGAACAUCCUGGGGCACGCGGUGUACCAGCUCACCAUCAUCUUCACGCUGCUCUUUGCAGGCGAGAAGUUCUUUGAUAUUGACAGUGGCCGGAACACGCCGCUGCACUCGCCGCCCUCUGAACACUACACCAUUGUCUUCAACACCUUCGUCAUGAUGCAGCUGUUCAACGAGAUCAACGCUCGCAAGAUUCAUGGUGAGAGGAACGUCUUUGAUGCCAUCUUCCGGAAUCCCAUCUUCUGCACGGUGGUCCUGGGAACCUUUGCCGCCCAGAUCCUCAUCGUGGAGUUUGGUGGGAAGCCGUUCAGCAGCUCCGGGCUCACUUUGAGCCAUUGGCUCUGGUGCAUCUUUAUCGGUGUCGGAGAACUGCUUUGGGGCCAGCUGAUCUGCAGUGUUCCGACCAGCCACCUGAAGUUCUUGAAGGAAGCCGGACAUGGUACCACCAAGGAGGAUAUUCCAGAGGAGGACCUGCCGGAGGACAUGGAUGAGAUUGACCAUGCUGAAAUGGAGAUGCGGCGAGGACAGAUUCUGUGGUUCAGGGGCCUCAACAGGAUACAGACUCAGAUGGACGUAGUUUACACAUUCCAGACCGGCGCCUCCUCUUUACAGGGAGCCCUCAGGAGACAGCCUUCCAUCGUGAGCCAGCACCACGAUGUAAAACAUGUUUCUAGCCCAACCCAUAUCAAAGUGGUGAAUGCGUUCCGUAGCUCUUUAUAUGAAGGCCUCAAGAAACCCGAAUCCAGAAGCUCCAUUCAUAACUUCUCAACUCACCCUGAGUUCAUCAUGGAGGAAGACGAGCCUCAAACCCCAUUCCUCGACGACGCAGAAGAAGACUCCAAGACUGACGGACUCAAAAACCAAGGUGGGAGUACCCCAGGUGAAUCCUUCUCCCUCAACCAAAAUAACAAUGCGGUGGACAGCGAUCUAGCCGAGAACACCGUCACGGAGUUUGAAAGCCCCUUAGACGGCCUGGAAUCAUCAGUUUGACCUUUGAACUUUGAUACCCCCUUCACUUCCUUCACCCUGAGUCCCGUGUGAUAUCAGCACCAAUAACUGAUAUUGCAGAGCGGUCACUUCAUGUUAACUGCUCAUAUGUAUACUAUUUUGUUUUCCUUUUAUGAUUUAGUGGCAGGAACCAGAGUACCAUGGAGGGGGGAGGGAGCAGUUUGCAGUGGGUACUUGCCUAGGUGGGAAACAGCCAAGUUGAUAUUUCUUCUCCUUGAGUCAGGUUCCGUGUGUUCGUAGGGGUUUUUCAUUUUGAAAAAUGCAUGUUCAAAGAAAAGGUUCAGAUUGUCUUAAAUAGUCUUACAUGUGCACUCGCCAUCUGAGGGUACAUUUGUGGGGUGACUUGGGGGUCUUUUAGCUUGUGGGAUUUGACCUCUGAUAACGUCACACUUGUGGGGUGGGGGUGGG